UGUAACAUUUAGGCUCGACAAGCGAAUGGAAGUCGAGUCAUCGUCGUCCGCGGACGCCCUCGCUGCGAAGGUUGCCCAGGCACUGCAAGAGCGUCAACAGUCUGCUGCAGACGCUGGAGCCGCGGCGACGACGACGACGACGAGUGCUCCUUCGGCGCUGAAGGCCUCGCUGCCGCUUUCCCGCGUCAAGCGGAUUAUGCGAUCGGACGAGGACAUUGGCCUGCUCAGUGCAGACGCCGUCUUCCUCGUCACUCGAGCCACGGAAAUGUUUGUGGCAGAGUUUGCGAAAAAGGUCUCGGCUGAUCUGGGCAAGCGCAAGACUGUGCAGUACAAGGAUGUUGCUAACGUUGUGGAGCAAGACACCGCGUAUCAGUUCCUUGCGGACAUCAUCCCGCAGCCCGUCGCCCUCGGCAAAGUCAAGGGAAAGCCAAGUACGAGCGGAGUCGCGCCUGGCAAGAUCUACCCCACAAACACGCCCUUCGUUCUGCAGUUUGCCAACCGACGAACAGAGGAGAAUGGCAAGCACCUGCUCGAACGCCGCGACCCGCGUCGUGACAAAAAGAAGGCGGCUUCGACACGUAAGACCGCGACGGCGGCUGAUGCUGCCAAGUUUUUCGGAGGAGCGCGGCAGGCAGGCGAAGAUGUCGAUGGAGAGGAAGACGACGGCGGCGACUUUCAAUCCUCCCCGUCCGCACGGCGAUCUUCCCGUCCACGCCAGCAAUCCGCUGCCCUUCAAGGCAUGGACGAUGGCAACGAUAUUGGUGAUGAGGAGAAUGGUGAUGAUGCUGGAGAUGAAUAAAUUGUUACGACGCGCGCGCGUCGAGUAUCCUUCAAGA